AUGGUGUCAAUCCUCACAUCUCUGUACUCCUCCCGCGCGUCCAUCUUUAUCUCUGCCUUCCUCCUACGCGCCAUUCUCUUGAUCUAUGGCAUAUACCAGGACUCGGUCUCUGCUCUGAAAUACACAGACAUUGACUAUUAUGUCUUCACCGACGCUGCUCGAGCCGUGGCGAAACACUCAUCUCCCUACGACCGCGCCACAUAUCGAUACACUCCCUUACUUGCCUGGAUUCUCCUUCCCACGAGCUGGGGAGGAUUGUGGUUCCAUUACGGCAAGGCGCUUUUCGCUCUCUCUGAUCUGGUCGCCGGAUGGCUUAUUCUCGUGCUGCUAAAGAGGAGGGGCUUAGACCAGCAACGGGCGUUGACAUAUGCGAGUGCAUGGCUCCUGAAUCCUAUGGUUGCGAAUAUCAGCACUCGUGGAAGCAGUGAGGGUAUCCUGUGCGCCCUUGUCAUGGCGCUUCUGUGGGCGUUUGUGACCGGAAAAUUCGCUCUAUCAGGCGUGCUUCUUGGACUGAGCGUGCAUUUCAAAAUAUACCCAUUCAUCUACGGAGCGAGCAUGUUGUGGGCAUUGGAGUCCAAGUCCUCGAGUACAUCAACGACGAUGAUCUUCCAAAAACCCAUACCAUUCCUCAAUACCAACCGCCUAAGGCUCAUAUUCACUUCACUAGUCACCUUCACCACCCUGAAUUUGAUAAUGUACAAUAUUUACGGACCUCCCUUCCUUCAGCACACAUUCUUCCACCACCUCACCCGAAUCGAUCAUCGCCAUAAUUUCUCUCCAUACAACACCCUAUUAUACCUCUCGUCCGCCCUGUUAGCAGACUCUUCAAACCAGAACUCAUCCUCCUCAAUGUCUUUCGAAUCUCUCGCCUUCAUCCCGCAACUCCUCCUCUCCGCGUUUCUCCUUCCAAUCGCACUCGCCAAACGAGAUCUACCCACGACCAUGUUCGCACAAACCCUCACCUUCGUCACUUUCAACAAGGUCUGCACCUCUCAGUACUUCCUAUGGUACCUGAUAUUCUUCCCCUUAUACGUCCCAGACUCGUCGCUCAUUGCCCGGCCGAUACUGGGCAUCACUGCCCUGGCACUCUGGGUCCUAGGCCAAGCAGCCUGGCUCCAACAGGGAUACCAACUCGAGUUCUUGGGCAGGAGCACAUUCGUGCCCGGUCUGUUUGUGGCAAGCCUAGCUUUUUUCGCCAUUAACUGCUGGAUCUUAGGCAUCGUGAUAGGCGAUGUCGCCGAGAAACAACCAAAAGCAAACGGCGCACCGAGUCUGAAAUCAACCAACAUUUCGGAGACAACUUCUCAUUCCGCAUCGAAAUCGACAUCAUCGAGAAGCGUCUCCGAAUUAAGCGGUAGUAGCUCCAUUUCGACGGGUCCAACCACAUCUAGACGAGAAUGA